AUGGGUACGCGUAUACUGGAUAGCGCGGAUGUUGCGAGGAUCCAGGCGGUAGUCCAACUCAUGAAAGAGUACCUGGAGAGAUCCGACGAGAAGAUGCCUACUGCUUACCGUGCCAUAAAACCAUUGGACUUGCGCAGUAAGGUGGAGGCACUCGUGGUGAAGGCAACGAUGGCUCAAGAAACGUUCGCGUCGAAACUCUGCAAACUGGCGAAGUGCGCACCCGGAGAUCCGAAGGACGUUUGGCAAACGCACAAGGUCCACUUGACCCAGAUAAUGGAGGCUUUGCGCGUCCAGUAUCCUGCUGGUCACUGGGCCACGUCAGCGGUCCGAAGCGAGCAGCAGAAGACAGAGAUCAUGUUGGGGUGA